UCACAUUCAUUUCAAGUCCCAUCGAACCUGUGAUAAGUCGUGUGUAGAGCAAACGGAACAAAUUCAGCUUUUCAGUUUUCAAUUUCGGCCAGAUAUAUAACUAUAUAGAAAGAUACCAAAUGGGAAUGGAGGAGUAUUCGCGUGAACCCUGCCCCUAUCGCAUCGUCGACGAUUGUGGCGGCGCCUUCGCGAUGGGCUGCAUCGGAGGCGGUCUCUUCCAGGGGCUGAGGGGAUUCCGGAAUGCGCCGCAGGGCAUGCGCCGCCGGUUCGCCGGGGGACUGGCCGCGGUGAAGGCCAGGGCGCCGACCGUCGGCGGGGGCUUUGCCUCCUGGGGCAUCCUCUUCAGCAUCGUGGACUGCAGCCUGGUGCACCUGCGCAAGAAGGAGGACCCCUGGAACUCCAUUAUCAGCGGGGCAGUGGCCGGCGGGAUUCUCUCGUCCCGGAACGGAGUGGCGGCAAUGUUCGGCAGCGCCAUCGUCGGCGGAGUCCUGCUCUCGAUGAUCGAGGGCGUGGGCAUCCUGUUCACCCGCAUCUCGGCCGAGCAGUUCCGCAAUCCCGACCCGCAGUCGGCGGAAGGAUUCGGAUUUGGAUUUGGAUCUGCAUCUGCAUCUACAUCUGCUUCUGCUUCUGCAACUGGAACCGCAUCUUCAACUGGAUCUGGAUCUGCAUCUGCAACUGGGUCUGCAACUGGAUCUGCAACUGGAUCUCCAGCCGGCGAUAUUAACCCUGCCGCGGGCUUUGGGUUCCCCGGCGUCCAGCGGCACUAGCAAAAUUUACGUGUUUAUUCCGUCACUCAAAGCGACCGUUUCGAACUUCCAAUUACAAUCGCAUAUCCAAUUUGUAUUCGAUCGAUUAUUUCGUGUGCCCCAAACUCGGCCCAGAAUCCAAAUUAUAAGACUAAUAUGUUUUAUAUGUAGCCUUCAAUAUAA